UGCAAGAUUUUUAGUGGUCGUUAAAUUAUUAUGACGACGAUAUUAAAAUAAUUCGCACCUUAAAUAUUUUUCCAAUUAAAACUCGUAAACAAAGACAUUCAAUGAUGUUACGUUGAUUUUUGCCUUACACACUCCUCUCGGAUAUUUCAGUCAUUUCUCAUUUUAAUGAUCGCAGCAUUUUUUUUUUAUAGAAACUGUUUUAUGCUGUGUGGAAUAGUCUCUUAUCUUAUUCAUAAAUCAGGGACUAUUAAGAUAGACAAAAAAUGAGAGUCAAUAGUAUUCUAGUUCUGUGCACUGUUACUUUUAUGUCAGCUCACAGUUUUGCUAAAACAUAUUUCAAUGAACAGAAGCUUAAUUUAGAAACAGUUGAAAAGAGACAAGAAGGUUUAUUUGGUGAUUUUGCUCUGGCAGAAUACUUAUUUAAACUUGGAGAUGUCAACAAAGACAAAUACUUGGACAGCAAUGAAAUUUACAACUUCUAUCGACAUCAUAUAAAGUUCGACUUCGAUAAAUCUGCAAAAAUGUCAAUAAAAUUGAUGAAUAUAGGAGAUUCGGACAAAGAUGGAAGACUUGGCGAAAUAGAGGCAAUUUUAGCUCUACACAAAGUAACAAAUCAGUUAAACAGAAAGAGGAAAUGAACAUGUGGUGUUAUUAGACAGUAGCAUAUGUACGCUUUAUAAGCAUUGCAUUAUUAAAUGAGCAAAUGUAAAGUUAGCUUCGAAAAAUUCCAAACUUACAUGACUGAC